UCCUCGCUUCUUCUUCUGAGCCCAAAGCAUAUAUUCCAAGGUUUUCCGCGUAUCUAGACAGAUUCUUUGAUCGAGUGCGGAGAAUCAAGGAAUUAGGUGCGUACAAGUGGCCUACCGAAGCGGAGAAGAAGAUUUGAAAGACUGUGAAACGAGCACGAAAAGGUAACGCAUCUUUUUGGAACAUUUUUUUAUAUGCCUUUCUUUUUAAACUUCUUUCAUCGCCACUAUUCCUUAUUUAACCCGACAACAAUCAAAGAAGAUGGGAAGAACGAGGAGGAAUGUCCCAUAUUACCCUGCCUCAUUGAAGAAGUCCGUUCGGGUUCUGAGAAGAGCCGAGGAGGAACAAGCCAAUUUUAACCGGGCUACGGCACUGAGUCUGGAGACGGUAAGGAGGGGUUCGACUUUCGUCGGUAGUGGAUCUGGUUCAGGAUCCAUUCGUCCUUUGCCAAGAGAAGACAUUGCCGCUGCCAAAAAGCUGCUAAUAAGGAACGGCCAGUCUCCUUUUCCCAAGGUUGAAAAUCUUAAAGAAAGUGUUGCGUAUAUCGAUGUAGCUCACAAGAUGAUUAGGGCGAUUGGUAGUGUUAACAAGCUCACACAUUUGUAUGAGCGAAUGAUCCAUAAUCAGGGGAGGGUAGACGAUCCGGACGUCCGAGCUGCUCUGGAAGCUGAGAAGAAACGAGCUAAUGAUUUCCAUAAGAAAUUGCUCGAGGAACAAAGUGCAACUGAGCAUCUUCGAAAGAAGGUGGAAUUGCUCACUGCUUGGCAAGAUGAGUUGAUGGGGAAAUUGGAUCAGGCCGUGGUUGAGAUAAGUGAAGCUGAGGGACGCAUGGUGGCCACUAAAGCUCAGUGGGCGAAGGAUAGGGACGGACAAGUGAGGUGUGCGCGUUCGAAGGCUUACCGGGAUUCAAUCAAUUAUUAUCAAGGUCGUCUUGACAUUCUCAAGAGCUACUUCAUCUGUAAUGAAGCUGUCCUAGAACCACUUCUUCUUCAUACUCAAUCGAACUGGACGGUUAACGAUCGAAGCUCUACCGGACGACAAUUUUUUUAUGCCCUUUCAGCUUUUGAAGUCGAACAAGUUCCUGAGGAGGCCUCACCUGAGGAAGAUAUUUCCGAUCCGCCCGAGGAUGUUCCUUCAGUCCGACAAAAUGAGGAACCCGACCUGAACAAUCAAACUGAUGCCGACGUUCCUUCCAACGCCCUAGAUCUCGAGAUGCCUCCCCAAGACUCCCCUCCAGAAUCCUUAUUUAAAUAAUGUUGUUGUUGUUGUUUUCUUUUAUCUCUUUUUUAUGUAGCAGUUUCCCUGUUUCUUUUAAUAUGUAGACUAUUUUGUUUAUGCGAAGUGUGUUCGGCUUUGAUACAUUUUUAGGGACAAUAUUUUCUUUUACUGGCUUACCCUGUAAUGCCAAUCUAU